AUGGGAAGUGCCGAGGAAAUGCACGGGUGGACAGUAACGAUGAGCGCGCCGGGAGUUCUGGCUGUAGUGACGUUCUUUUCCAUGCUUCCUGGCGGAGUGCUGAGCGAUAUGAGAUGCACUCAGGGUCUGGAAACCCAACAAUUUGCCCCGGGCUCCGCUCAUCUGCACCGACGCCUGAAGAGAGGCUGGAUCUGGAAACAGCUGUUUGUCCCAGAGGAGGAUCCCACUCCUCGUGUUAUUGGCCAGCUCAAAUCUGAUUCCGACCGAGGCGAGUUUUCUAUCAAGUACAUACUAUCAGGGGAAGGCGCUGGAGAUGUGUUUGAGAUAGAUGAGUAUUCUGGGGAGAUCCGGACCCUGAAGAAGCUUGAUCGUGAGGAGAAGGCUUUUUACAUCCUUCAGGCCCAGGCUAUCAACAGGAGGUCCAACCAGCCCGAGGAGCCCCAGUCGGAGUUUAUCAUCCAGGUGCAGGACAUCAAUGACAACGUCCCCCAGUUCCAGAAUGAACCAUAUGUGUCCAGCAUCCCCGAGAUGUGUCCAACUGGGACCACGGUGGCCCAGGUGACAGCCACAGAUGCCGAUGAUCCCCUGUUCGGAAACAACGCCAAGCUCAUCUACUCCAUCCUGCAGGGGGAGCCCUACUUCUCCGUGGAGCCGAAGACGGGGACUGUGGUGACGUCCUGGCCGAACAUGGACCGGGAAGCCAGGGAGACGUACCUGGUGGUGGUGCAGGUGAAGGACAUGCUGGGCCUGAGCGGCGGCUACUCCACCUCCACCACCGUUACCGUCAGCCUGACUGAUGUCAACGACAAUGGACCCACGUUCCAGCACCACCUCUACACCUUCGCCGUCCCUGAGAACGCGGCCGUGGGAACCACAGUGGGCAGGAUCAUGGCGGAAGAUGGAGAUGUUGGCAUCAACGCCAGAAUGACCUACACCCUGGAUGACGACCUGGAGGAGAGCGCCACCUUCAUCAUCCAAACAGACCCAGUGACGCAGGAGGGGGUGGUUCUGCUCGCCCAGCCUUUGGACUACGAAACAAAGAGGCGCUUCGUGAUGGCGGCUGAGGCCGUCAACGACCACGUGGACCCUCGCUUUCUGGAUCUGGACGGGUUCAUGGACAGGACGACGCUGAAGGUCAUCGUGCAGGACGUGGACGAGCCGCCCGUCUUCCUCUCGCCGGUCUACGAGUGGAAGGUUCCGGAAAAUGCCGCCGUGGGAACCGUGCUCGGCGGCGUCAACGCCCGGGACACGGACACAGUCGGCAACGCCAUCAGAUAUUCAGUUGACAAAAGGAGCGACGGCACAAAAGCUUUCAGAAUAGACCCAAACAAUGGAACCAUUACUGUCGCUCGAGCUUUGGACCGGGAGACGACCGACUGGCACAAUGUGACGGUCGUAGCCAAGGAAACAUCCCAGAACCAUUUAUCCUCCUCGGUGGUGGUGUUCAUCAAAGUGCUGGACAUAAACGACAACGUGCCAAGGCUUGCAAGAGAUUACCAGCCAUAUAUCUGUGAGGGGACACAGGCAGGAGAACUCAUUCAGCUGCUCGGCGCUGUCGAUUCGGACGAGCCUGUGGAGGGACACCACUUCUACUUCUCCAUGGUCCCCGAGAAGCACAUCAAUCCCAACUUCACCAUCCGAGAUAAUCAAGACAACACAGCCGGCAUCGUGGCGCGCAGGAGCACGUUCACCCGGAAGGAUCGAACCCAGUACCUCCUUCCCGUGGUGGUGGCGGACAGCGGCUCCCCAGCUCUCUCCAGCACCAGCACCUUGACCAUCAGCGUGUGCAGCUGCCAGCCGGCAGGACACUGUCCCACGGGGGGGGUGGAGGCGCUCGCUCUGUCCAUGGGGCUCAGCCUGCAAACCCUGCUAGGGCUCCUGGUCUGUCUGGUCACGCUCACAGUGCUGUCAAUUCUAAUGCUGAUGGUGAGGAGACACAGGCGGAAGCAGCAGGAGGCGCAGGAUGUGGAGGUGAAGGAGCUGGAGCUGCCGGAGACGGUGUCUCAGAAGGUGCUGUACUACGGAGAACGCGGGGGUGGCGGAGUGGGUCUCGACUUCUGCCCGCCCGCCGUUCCCCUGCGCCACCACUCCCACAGGCGGAGGGAGAGGCGGCUGCGGAGGGAGGACGUCAGGGCCAGCAUCCGCAUGUCCCUGAGGGAGUCGCACCUCAUCGGGCCGGAGGACGACGUCUUCAGGCAGUUUAUUAUGGACAGGAUGGCGGAGGCGGAUCGAGACCCUCACGUCCCCCCGUACGACUGCCUCAGGAUCUACGCUUACGAGGGGUCGGGGUCUCCGGCGGGAUCCCUGAGCUCACUGGAGUCGGCUGCUUUGGAGAUUGUACCCGAGCAGGCGGCUUGUAGCACCAGGCCCUACGUAGUGAGGCUCACCCCUUGGUAUGGGGGAGGAGAGGAGGACACCAUCUUCUGA